AUGGAAAAUUUUGAAAAUGUUGCAGCGCAACUUCCUUUUCUUUCCUUCUUUUUUCUUUUAUUGUUUCCCUCCUUCUUCUUUAUAUUUGACAUUUUCUUUCCUUCUUUUUUCUUUUAUUGUUUCCCUCCUUCCUUCUUUAUAGUUGACAGUUUCUUUCCUUCUUUUUCCUUUUAUUGUUUCCCGCCUUCCUUCUUUAUAUUUGACAUUUUCUUUAUUUCUUCUAGUGUUUCUUUCAUUCUUCAUCUCCGACAUUUUUUUUUCUUUAUUUCUUUUUCUUCUUUGACGUUUUUCACCUCUUCUUUAUUUAAUUUCUGUGUUCGUUUAUUUCUUCUUCUUCUUCUUCUUCUUCUUCUUCUUCUUCUUCUUCUUCUUCUUCUUCUUCUUCUUCUUCUUCUUUACACUGACCUUGAUGUUUUACAAAUAUUUUUUUCUUUUUGCUUUUUUUUUCUUCUUACUUUCUUUCUUUAUUUAUCCUUCAUUUUAUUUUCAUAUAAUUUGAUUUUUUACGUUAAUUAUUUCGUUUCUUUUCUCCUGUGUCCUAACCUUUCUUUUACUUUUUAUUUUCUUAUUUUUUCUUUUUAUUUCUUUAAUUCUUUCUUUCUUUUUCUUUCCUUUUAUUAUCUUCUUCUUUUUCAUUGUUAG